AUGGAAGAAAUAAGAAUGGAACUGAGUCUUCGAAGUUUUUUUCGAGACUUUAACGCUUCGAAAUUCGUCCUAUACAGUUGUUUGUUAUGUUUCUUUAUACUUCUUCCAUUGCGUUUUGAUGGUACUAUCGAGCUUAAUUACGCGCUUGUGUUUUUACCGUUAUGGAUUUGCGAAUUUAUAGUAUUUCUUGGAGCUAUUGUUGCAGCAAUAUCCUUCACGCUCUACCCCCCAUCUUUGACAGAGAGCUCACUUCGUUCAGAUUUUUAUGGGAUGAUACUAUGUACUGGAGAGCACGGGUUACUGACAUUGUUUGGAGUGUUAUGUUGUCAUAAAUUGCAAACAAAUGCAACAAUAGACGAGCUACCUUGGUUGCUCGUUUUCGUCCCCAUCUUUGCUCUAAGUUUACUCUCUGUAGUUGUUGCUGUAUGGGCAAUCAGAAACGAUAAAUCGUUUGAGUUGGAGCUUUUCUUUUCCAUCAACAUUGUGCAGUUUGUUUUUAUCGCCUUCAAAUUGGAUGGUAUAUUAGAUUGGCAUUGGACAGUUGUUUUCAUCCCGUUAUGGGUAGUCCUGUCCUUGAGUGUUGUUGGAGUGCUUUAUGCGUUUGUUCUAGCAGUUGUGUUGGCACGGUCAGUGCAUGUGCUAGCUUCACAGAGAAGGCAGCAUCUCUACUCUGCUCUUUGUCAUACUUUGCUUGUUAUACCAAUUCUUAUAUUUCUUCUGCUUCUAACUGGUAAAUUGGACGCAGUAUCAUGGUCUGACGACGAACCAAUCAGCCAAAUUGCUUUUGUCAUUGUAUGUGCUCCGUUGGAUUUGGCAUUACUUUGUUUGGUUUUGAUGUCAUUUGGUGCACGUGGAGGUAAUCCGUGGUGGUUUGCGAUGCGUGCAUCAUUUUGCUCAUUUCUGCUCGAUAGUUGUCCAUGCUUAAAACAAUAUGCUAAUGUCAGUUACAAGUUCCAUUCAUCAUCUGAACAUCAAAAUACAUUGGAAGAUUUCGAAAAACAGAGCCUGCAGUCGGAUCAUUCAAUUAAAUUCCCACUGCGUCCAGUCAUACCAUUUCGUUCAAUCGAAAGUCCUGAUUAG